AUGGCCGAUGAGCACGAUAUCACCUUCGAGUCGGCGGAUGCCGGCGCGUCCACCACCUUCCCCAUGCAGUGCUCUGCUCUGCGGAAGAACGGUCACGUCGUGAUCAAGGGCCGCCCCUGCAAGAUCGUCGAAAUGUCGACCUCCAAGACCGGCAAGCACGGUCACGCCAAGGUUCACAUGGUUGCCAUUGAUAUCUUCACCGGCAAGAAGCUGGAGGAUCUGUCUCCCUCCACCCACAACAUGGACGUCCCCAACGUCUCCCGCAAGGAGUACCAGCUUCUGGACAUCACCGACGAUGACUACCUGUCCCUGAUGAACGACAACGGUGACACCAAGGACGACGUCAAGCUGCCCGACAACGACCUUGGCGAGCGCAUCCACCGCAUGUUCAAGGAAGAGGAGAAGGACCUCAACAUCGUCAUCCAGACCGCCAUGGGUGAGGAGGCUCCCAUUGACGCCAAGGAGGCCCCUAAAUAA